GUUCUCAUUAUUGGUUAUAGAACGGGAUUCUCGAUCUCGGUCUCCAUCUGUCCGUGCCAAAAACACAAUUCAUCUCUUUCUUCUUCUUCUUCUUCUUCUUUAUUUUUAUUUUAUUUUAUUUUAUUUUUUUAAGAUGGAUACUAGCGGUUCUCAAGUCUCAAGGCUCAAUUUUAUUCUGUUUUGUCUGCUCUCCACGUCUAAUUGCUGAUUUCCACUGAUUUUUACGUCCAACACUGUUGUGGGUUGGAAUCCACUUCUCUCUCUCCUCUGUUUUCUGCAACUUUUUCCGUGUCUUUAACUUACGACAUUUUUCAUUCCAAAUUUUAUAUCUUUACCACAUUGACGCAAUUUUUUCUUUUUAUCUUUUUCACGCUAUAAAUUUUCCUUCUUUUAAGUGAGCUCUCACUCUUAAAUUUUCAUUUUUUCUUGCAAUAGAUUAAUCCAUUUUAAAUAGUUGGGUCACUUUUUCUCUUGAUGGGUACUAGUUUUGCUGGUUGCCCAUUUGGGGUCGUUGCCCAUUCCCAUGGAAAAUUCAGGGGUUUACCUCAGAAAAUGGACUUAUUCGGUUCCCAUUUUCAUCUUCACGUGGAAACUUCAAGACUUAACUUUUACCCAAGUUCGGUUUCCACCUCUACAUCCAAGGGGUUAGUAAGUCGAUUAUGCUCUUUACCAGAUACCGAUGAUUUCUUCUCAGAAAAAGUCCCAACACCCAUUCUUGAUUUGGUUGAAAAUCCUAUUCGCUUGAAGAAUUUGUCUCCUAAUGAAUUGAAACAAUUAGCAGACGAAAUUCGUUUGGAGUUGUCAUAUAUUAUGUCAAAAACUCAAAAAUCCUUGAAAGCCAGUUUGUCAGCAGUGGAACUAACAGUUGCAAUACACCAUGUUUUCCAUGCUCCUGUGGACAAAAUACUGUGGGAUGUUGGGGAACAAACAUAUGCACAUAAAAUUCUCACAGGAAGGCGGCCUCGCAUGCAUACAGUGAGACAAAAAAAUGGCCUUUCUAGUUUGACUUCUAGAUCUGAGAGUGAAUAUGACCCAUUCGGUGCAGGGCAUGGGUGCAACAGUAUUUCUGCAGGACUUGGCAUGGCAAUUGCACGUGAUAUUAAAGGAAAGCGGGAACGUAUUGUCAGUGUUAUUAGCAAUGGGACAACUAUGGCUGGCCAGCUCUAUGAGGCAAUGAGUAAUGCGGGUUAUUUGGACUCAAAUAUGGUUGUUAUUUUAAAUGAUAGCCGCCACUCUUUACACCCAAAGAUUGAUGAGGGCCCAAAGACAUCUAUAAGUCCUCUAUCUAGUACCCUAAGCAGGCUUCAGUCAAGUAAAUCCUUCCGCAAGUUUAGAGAAGUUGCUAAGGGUGUUACAAAAAGAAUUGGUAAGGGUAUGCAUGAAUGGGCAGCAAAAGUUGAUGAGUUUGCACGGGGUAUGAUUGGUCCAUUGGGAUCCACUCUUUUUGAAGAACUUGGAUUGUAUUACAUUGGUCCCGUUGAUGGUCACAACAUUGAAGACCUAAUUUGUGUUCUACGAGAAGUGGCAUCUCUGGAUUCUAUGGGUCCUGUAUUGGUUCAUGUCAUAACAGAGGAAAAUCGUGGAGCAGACAACAGUCAAAAGAAGGAGAUAUCAUAUAAGCAGCAGGAAGAUAUUGCAGGCUCAAGUGACCCUAAUUCAUUACCAUCUAAAUUUCACUCUCGGACAUAUAGUGAUUGCUUUGUGGAUGCUCUAAUUGCAGAGGCAGAGAAGGACAAAGAUAUUGUAACAGUUCAUGCAGGAAUGCAUAUGGAACCAUCACUUCAACUAUUUCAGGAAAGAUUUCCAGACAAGUUUUUUGAUGUGGGAAUGGCAGAGCAACAUGCAGUUACAUUUUCUGCUGGUUUAUCAUGUGGAGGAUUAAAACCAUUCUGCAUAAUUCCUUCUGCAUUUCUACAGAGAGCUUAUGAUCAGGUGGUCCAUGAUGUAGAUCGCCAAAGAAUUCCAGUGCGCUUUGUCAUUUCAAGUGCAGGAUUAGUGGGGUCUGAUGGUCCAAUGCAGUGUGGGGCAUUUGAUAUAACUUUCAUGGCAUGCUUACCAAACAUGAUUGUCAUGGCACCUUCCAAUGAGGAAGAGCUUGCCCACAUGGUGGCCACUGCUGCCUAUAUUGAUGAUGGUCCAGUUUGCUUCCGGUAUCCUAGAGGUGCUGUUGUUGGAAUGGACUACUCUAUAUGCUGUGGGAUUCCCAUUGAGAUUGGUAAAGGGAAAGUUCUUACAGAGGGAAAAGAUGUUGCACUGCUUGGAUAUGGUGCAAUGGUUCAGAACUGCCUUAAGGCGCAGACCCUUCUUGCAAAGCUUGGCAUUGAGGUAACAGUUGCUGAUGCUAGGUUCUGCAAGCCCCUGGACAUCAAGCUUCUUAGACAGCUUUGUAGAAACCAUGAAUUUCUUAUCACUGUCGAGGAGGGUGCUAUUGGAGGUUUUGGAUCCCACAUUGCACAGUUCAUGUCGCUUGAUGGCCAACUUGAUGGAAGAACUAAGUGGCGACCUAUUGUUCUACCAGACAACUAUAUUGAACAUGCAUCUCCCACUGAACAGCUAGCUCUUGCCGGGUUGACUGGGCAUCACAUAGCUGCAACAGCACUGAGUCUGCUUGGACGCACCAGGGAAGCCCUACUCUUGAUGUGCUAGGUUUCCAAAUUUUUGUUCUGACCUUGUUUUUCUGUUUUCAUCUAAGCCAUUACAAUUGAAGUGCAAGCAACUACAGCCACACCAAUCUUUCAGUAAUGAUUCAUGUAAAUUAUGUAUCUGUUUCGGUUUUGUAUAUGUGUAACUAGCAGAAUACUGAAGCUGUAAACGAUUGUAUAGCACAAAUCAUAAUGUAAAAUACAUGCUUUGUUCGUGUUCC